GAGGCGGGGCGCAGUUUCUCACCAGCACAGAGAGGCUCGUGCAGAUGAACCUUGGUGUCACUUAACCAGGAGACGGAAGAGGAGGAACAGGAGGAGGUGAAAAAGUGGAAGGAAAGGUGACAAAAAGUUUAUGCCGGUCACCUGCUUUCUCUGUGACGUCACUGCAAAUACUGAAGAUCGCUGCUCUGUCGUUAAUACCAAAUGGUUUGCAGACCAAGGAGCUCAAUCGCUGCUGACAGUCGGACUUCUUCAUUAUUGACACAGAAGCUCACUCUUGUGAGUGAUCAAAGAACUCAUUAAACUUUUUCACAUAAAUCAGAGAACUUAUUUGCCAAAGACUUCAAUGGCAGCAUCAGAACUGAUCCAGGAAGAUGAUAAAAACUGCAUAGAGGUGAUUUCGACAGAUCCGCCUUCACCUCCUCAGUCUACGAAGGUGCCCAACCAUACUCACCACAUCUCCCGGACACCUCAUUCUGAGGAUGUUCUCGAUGGUGACGGCAAAGGCAGGCGCAGAAAAAUUACUGAAGUGCUGAAAGAGAACCAGCUGAUAAACUCGCUGUGCAACAAGAUACAGCAACGCUGCAACUACGACAAGAUCACCAAGGAGUCUGACGACCCUCUCCCUAAAGAGUGGUGGAAAACGGGCGUGUCCUUUAUCUACGCCUUCUUCGCCCUCGUCUUCAACGCUGUCAUAAUCGUUAUCAUCCAUGAACGGGUGCCUGACAAAUCUGUGAUUCCGCCGCUUCCUGACAAGUUCUUCGACUACAUUGACAGAGUGCCCUGGGCCUUCAAAGCAACAGAGGCCUGUGGCUUGACUCUCUGUGGAUUGUGGCUCGUCCAGUGGCUGGCACUUAAACACAGAGCGAUCGUGGCUCGGCGGUGCUUCUUCAUGAUUGCAACGCUCUACCUGUAUCGCUGCAUCACCAUGUACAUCACCACCCUGCCGGUACCUGGAAAACACUUAGAGUGCGCUCCAAAGCUCUACGACAAUGUGACGGAGAAAAUGUGGCGGAUUAUCCGGAUGGUCUCAGGAGGAGGUUUGAAUGUGACCGGCUCUCACAUCUUGUGUGGAGACUAUUUGUACAGCGGUCACACCAUCAUGCUGAGGCUGUCCUACCUCUUCAUCAAGGAGUACUGCCCGCCCAGGUUCUGGUGGUAUCGUUGGUUCUGCUUUUUCCUGAGCAUAUUUGGACUCAUCUGCAUCCUCCUCGGCCAUGAACACUACAGCAUCGAUGUGGUGGUUGCAUACUUUGUCGUCAACUGGACCUUCCGGUGGUACUACGCCAUGCUGGAAUCACAUGUACACAAUCAGGAACCCAACAAGUACCUGACUAGAACCUGGUGGAACCGGAUCUUCAAAUUCCUGGAAGGGAACGUCAAGGCUACUGUUCCCGUUGAGUUUGGGUGGCCAGUGCCCAUCCCUACUACCUCAUGCAGACGGAGAUACAGUAUAGUGGACAGGUAUGAUAGUUAAGUGAGGACAAAGAGGAGGGGAGAUAAGUCACCUGAUGACAGCAGCAUCUGUCCUCCCUGACUCCUGAAGAGGACGGAUGGACAGAGGUGGACAUGAGACUCUACCUUCAGGUUAUUUAUUGGAAUCAGCAUUUUUUGUACUGAGGACUCACAGGAGGAAGAGACGGUGCGUUUACAUUAUUAGCUCUUGCUCUUUAUCAGAAACAACAUUUUUAAUGUCUUCAGCAUCCAUGACGUAAACCUGCCAACAAGAAAAGACACUAUUUUUUUGUAAGCUAGUCUGAGAGUGGUGCCAAAGCUAAACUUCUAAGCUGUGUUGUAUUUUUCAGUCUGGAUUGUUGCUAACUGUGUUAAUUAUAUCUUUGGGAUAUACUUAAGGAAAAUGAAGCUGCACAUACAAAUGGUAAAAAAAGACUAAAUCUAAACUAGCCGUGUUGUUGUUUCUGGAUGUGCAACCUAACACAAAAUAAACUAAACCCUUAAGUAUUACAGUUCCUUCUGGCUGUGGUGGUUUAAAGUGGUUUGACUUCAAAUUCUCAGUGCUAGCUCCAGGUGGGUCCUCAUCAGUGUCAAUUAAUUUGUUUUUGUAGCUUUAUGUUCUUGAUUGUUGUUGUUGUUGUUUAAGUUAUAUUUUCAAGUCUUAAUGUUAAGUGUUAAGGCACUGAGUUAAUGGUGGGUGUUUUUUGUUUUUUAAAUGCCAUAUCAAUCAGUGAAAGAAAACCUUACUGCAAACUUUGAUUCUACCUAAUGUACCUAGCAUUAAUAAUGAAGGUCGUUGUGCCAGAAAGCUCCACAGUUUUAUAAACAUGUUUCUUCACAUUUUUCCAAUGUUGACUUGAACACACUGCCACAAUCACACGUUUGCUUUGAUAAUAAAAGACUUAAUUUGA